AUGUUGAGACAACCCGCGAACAGUCCUGCUGGUUAUCAACCACAGCAGCCCGAAGGGGCCGUAGGACUUACAGCUAAUAAACCGGAGAAUGGCCAGAGCCUGUCUUCCGACACGCAACCGGCAUCGCAGCCUCCACUUGCAAACGAAAGGAAAACUUUUUGUCCCACGGAAAAUAAACCUGGAGAAACUGAAGCCAGUAAAGUCUAUGGGACGUUUAAAAAUAUCGCACCGGCGCCGGUGCCUACUCAACUUAACUCCGCACUUCGUAAGGAUUCCUCUGGUUCAGCUCCGCCCCAAACGGAUGGUUCUACAACCGUUCAAGGUAAAGCUAUGUCUGACGCUUUUCCUCAGCAAGGUACCGUGAGGAGCAUGCCGGAGCAAAAUAACGCUACCGGCAACUGGACAUCCAUUAGCCAGACCACCAUCGUACUGGGCACAGAUGGCAAUACGUCUGUUCUGCCUGGCACCGUGACUGGGGACGAUGAUGAUGACGCCGGAGGAGAUGAGAAUAAGGCCCGGGGAAAUUGGUCUAAUAAACUGGAUUUCAUUCUAUCGAUGGUUGGCUAUGCGGUGGGGUUGGGAAACGUAUGGAGAUUUCCCUACCUUGCCUUCCAAAAUGGAGGAGGUGCUUUUUUGAUCCCGUACCUGAUCAUGCUGGGCCUCGCUGGCAUCCCUAUAUUUUUACUGGAAGUUUCACUGGGCCAGUUCGCCAGCCAAGGCCCAGUGUCCGUUUGGAAGGCCAUUCCGGCUCUACAAGGUUGCGGGAUUGCCAUGUUGAUAAUAUCUGUCUUGAUAGCCAUAUACUAUAAUAUUAUUAUGUGCUGGACACUGUACUACCUGUUCGCUUCGUUGAAGGGCUCACUACCCUGGGCUAACUGUAAAAAUGAGUGGAACACGCCGGAGUGCAAAGACAAAGACAUGCUGGCUUUAGAUGCAUGUAUUCUGCGGGAUAGAAACAUCACAUCUGUUAGGAACACCACAUUCUGUUUGUCUGAAAAUGCCGUUGGAAAUUUGAGUAAACUGUUAAAUAUUACAUCAGAUGACAAAAACUACGCCAGUCCCAGUGAAGAGUACUUUAAGUAUAAUGUGUUGCACAUUUCUAAGGGGAUUGAGUACCCAGGAGAUAUUCGUUGGCCUUUGGCUGCUUGCCUGUUUCUGGCCUGGCUCAUUGUCUAUGCCUCUCUGGCUAAAGGAAUAAAGUCAUCAGGGAAGGUGGUGUACUUCACAGCUACAUUUCCUUAUGUGGUACUGGUCAUCCUGCUCAUCAGAGGGGUUACCCUGCCGGGAGCAGGAUCUGGCAUUCUUUACUUCAUCACGCCCAAGUGGGAAAAACUCAAUGAUGCCAAGGUGUGGAAGGAUGCUGCCACCCAGAUCUUCUUCUCCUUGUCUGCAGCAUGGGGAGGUCUCAUUACCCUUUCCUCCUACAAUAAAUUCCAUAACAACUGUUACAGGGACACUAUCAUAGUGACGUGCACUAACAGUGCCACCAGUAUUUUUGCCGGUUUUGUCAUCUUCUCGGUAAUUGGAUUCAUGGCUCAUGUGCUGAAGGUGCCAAUAGAAAAAGUGGCAGAUGAAGGGCCAGGCAUAGCAUUUGUGGUUUACCCAGAGGCUCUGACCAGGCUGCCAGUCUCUCCAUUUUGGGCCAUCAUCUUCUUCCUUAUGCUGCUCACACUUGGCCUCGAUACCAUGUUUGCGACCAUUGAGACCAUAGUGACGUCUGUGUCUGAUGAGUAUCCCAAAUACCUGCGAAAACAUAAGCCCCUCUUUACUCUGGUGUGCUGCUUGUGCUUCUUUGUGCUGGGCUUCCCCAUGAUAACAGAGAGUGGAAUGUACAUGCUACAGUUGGUUGACACAUAUGCAGCUUCCUACUCUCUGGUCAUUAUAGCCAUAUUUGAGCUGAUUGGAGUCUCAUACAUCUAUGGCUUACAAAGAUUCUGUGAGGACAUCGAAAUGAUGAUUGGGUUUCAGCCAAACAAGUUCUGGAGGCUCUGCUGGGCUUUUGUCACUCCAACUAUUCUUACAUUUAUUCUGGCGUUAAGUCUAUACCAGUGGAAAGUGAUGACAUAUGAAGAUUACGUCUACCCCACGUGGUCUAUGGUUCUGGGCUGGCUGAUGGUCAUCUGUUCAGUCAUAUGGAUUCCCAUCAUGUUUGUUAUCAAAAUGCACCUUGCCCCUGGGUCCUUAAUUGAGCGGCUGAAGCUGGUAUGCUCACCUCAGCCUGAUUGGGGGCCAUUCCUAAUGAAGCACCGUGGUGACCGCUACAAGAACAUGAUCGACCCCCUGGGCACCAGCUCGCUAGGGCUCAAACUACCCCCGAAAGACUUCCAGUUGGCUGCACAGUACCAGUAG